GUGCGCUGCACAGUUAGAAGUGGAAACAAGCAGAGAGAGAGAAAGAGAGAGAGAGAGAGAGAGAGAGAGAGAGAGAGAGUGAACCAUUUCACGUAAACAGUUGUUUGUAUGUGUAUGUAUGUGUUAUGUAGCAUAUAUUCGAAGCACGAGCACAACGACUACGAUUCGGAAGAGAGUAAGAAAAACAAAACUAUUCGGUGCUUUACUAUUUCAGUCAAGUCAGUAUUUCUCGUCGCAGCAGAGCUUGUUCGGUGUAUCUCAAACUACAGAAAAUAAAAAAAAUAACGAGUGAGACGAAAUCUAAAUCGUCGUAGCAAUUGUUUUUAAUUCGCAUAAAUAAGCGCAUAAAUUUGGCAUUUUUCGUGUAAUCAAAUGUUUCCGUUUAAAUGUUUUCUGUUGAAAUGAAGUGUGUUGACGUCAAGCAAGGAAAAAAUGUGAUGGAUUGUUGAUUGUGGCCAAGUGGAAAAAAUCAAUAAAAUUGUUGAUGAAGUUGGAAAUUAACACAAACGAGUGCAUUCGAACAUUCAUGCCAACAUUGCCACCAUGCAUUGAAGCAACACUGAAUGGAUCGUAUUUUAUUGUGCCAUAUUUUUUUUUUGUUCACUUCUCCCUCUCGCUCGCUCGCUCUCUAUCCGAUCCGAAUUUGAUUUUGAGAUAAACAAAAUAGCCGACAGUGAAAAAUUGUGGUAAAUAAUUGAACGACAACGCUCACACGUAUAACAACAAAAGGCAGCGGCCGCAGCAAGAGCAGCAACAUCAAUAUAAUAUAUCGUUUAACAAAUUAGCCAAAGUGUUGUUGUGCAGAAACAAAAGUACAAUUUGCGAAUAUAAUAUAGAAAAUAAUUCAUACGUUUUAGUGGAGAAAAUCAUUAGCGAGUAAAAAAGAACACGAUCAAGUAAAUAGCAGAGAAAGAGAAUUGAAAAAAAGAGUACAGUUCAGUGUGUGUUUUGUGAAAAAGACGAACGAACUAUAACGAAACGAGAGAGAAAAUUAAAUUCUUAAACCGCAAAAGACGUUUUUUCUUUCGUUCAUAUUUUCCUUCAAAAGUGUGUAUAAUUAAGGAGAAGUGUUCAUUUUAAUUAUAUAAUUACACAUUGGGAUCGCGAUGCGGGAAGCCAUGGAAGCUGCUAUUCGAAGUGUGAAAUAAGAAAUCAUCGACAACAACAAAAUAUUCCAGCAGGAUUUUGUUUCUUUUACGCUGUUUCUCAUUCUAUCUUUCCUUCAUCACACAUUUUUGUGUGUUCGAACGCAGAAAAAAAAAACAAAACAUCGAGGCGUGAAUCACGGCAACGAAAAUUGAUCGAAAUGAGAAAGCAAUUUUGUUGGCAUAUUCUGGCAAUUAUUUUAUUAUGCAUUUGUCUUCCAUUUGGUCUGUGUGACAAAAAUGGUCAACGAAAUGAUCGUACGUCAGCCGAGGCUGAAACGACGUUGACGACAAAGACGACGGCAACCAGUCGAAAUGGCAAAUUCCGUAUGCCAAAACACGGCCUACCCCUUCGUGAUGAUAGCGAUUAUGUUCGGGAAAAUGAACCAAACUCGAAUGAAGAUGACGAUUACGAUGAUGACGAAUAUUACGAUGGCGAACAGAGCGAUCCGAGCAAGAACAGAAUGAAGAAGAAAAAUAACAAAGUAAAUGGCGGCGGCAACGACGACGACGAAAAAAACGAUGUGCAGCAAUCGCCCGAAAUCGUAGAACAAGCACAAAGCGCACGAACGCAAAUUAUACAACGACCAAAAGAGCUAACCGACGCUGAAAUUGCUGCAUUGUUACAGACUAUAUCAUCACAACAACAGCCAGCAACACCAAACGCAGACGUUACGGCACCAGCAGAUACAACAACAACAGCACCAACUGAAUUGUGCCCGAAAGAAUGCUCUUGCUUAAACGAUUUCAUGACCUGCACACGGCCACAUUUGAAGCAUUUACCUAAAGUGCCACAAUUCAUACAAUCACUAGAGCUUCCGCAGAAUAAUUUUGAUGCGGUGAUGUGUGAGCAGGGCAUUCGCAAUUUGCCAAAUCUCAUCGAUUUGAAUUUGAAUGACAACAAAUUGGAGCGCAUACCCAUUAUGCACGGUGUAGCUGCGCUGGAAACUCUCGAAUUGGCGAACAAUGAAAUCGGUGAAAUUACAUUGGCGGCAUUACAACUAUUGCCUAAUCUCAAGCAUUUAGACUUAAGCCGUAAUAUGAUUCUUGCCAUCGCAACCAACUCAUUCCCCAAGCAAAACAACAUUCAGAAAUUAUUUCUGAACAACAAUCAAAUUACGACGCUUGAUCGGCGUGCAUUCGAGCCGCUGGUUCAGCUGAAUGAGCUUAAAAUCAACAAAAACCGUAUCAGUGAACUGCCAGUCGGCCUCUUCGCCAAACUCAAGAAGCUAAAAAAACUUUCGCUGAAUGCUAACGAGCUGCGAGCAAAUCUUCAAUAUGCAACGUUCAGCAAUUUGACCGCUUUAACAACUUUGAAACUACGGAAUAAUUAUAUUGAAGAAUUGAUUACCGGAGUUUUUCAUGGUCUCGAUAAUUUGAGUUUGUUGGAUCUGGCGAACAAUCACUUGACCAAGAUAGAGAAAGGCGGUUUACUUAACAUCACAGCACUGUCAAAAUUGAAUUUGGCCAACAAUUCAAUUCACACAAUCGGAAAAGAUUGCUGGGAAUUUACACAGCGCAUUAUUCAUUUGGAUUUGUCCCAGAAUCAAUUGGCCGAAAUCAAUGUGGGCACUUUUGAUAAGUUGAACAAAUUGAAAAUCCUUGACUUGCAUGCCAAUCAAAUCACAACAAUUAGUUCGGGAGCAUUGAAUGCAACGUACAACUUGGAAUCGUUGGAUUUGAGCCAGAAUCGAAUCUCAGCCGCAAUCGAAGAUUCCUACGGACCGUUUGCAUCACUCAAUAAACUCGACACAAUUUACUUGAACGAUAACAAUAUUAAAGCCAUCAAUAAAAAUGCGUUCCUUGGCUUAGUUAGCCUCAUUAAACUCGAUAUCAGCAACAAUAACAUUACGACCAUUCAGGACGGUGCUUUCCAGGAUCAAUACAACACACAAUUACUUCAGCAUUUGCACAUCAAUAGCACCGAUUUGAUUUGUGACUGUCAUGUGUCAUGGUUCUACUUUUGGGCCAAAAAUGCUCAAUCGACGGGUGUGAAGAGACAGUCCGGCGAACGCAAGGGUAACAUCGAUGUUCGAUGCGCUUUCCCAUUCUCAUUGCGCAAUCGACGUUUGCUGCAACUUCAAAAGGAUGAUUUAACGUGUCACGAAACACCAAAACCUCAAAUGGUCGACGAGCCAAAGUCAUCAAUUUUGGCCAUCAAAGGAACGAAUCAAACUAUCGAAUGCACGGCAUUCGUUACAGUUGGUUCGGAUAUAGUAUUCACAUGGAAGCAUGACAAUAAUGACAUCGAUGCUGCACUGAUCGAAUCUAAGACACGACGAAAGGACGAGAAUCGAUUGCGCAUCAAAGAGCGAAUGGUUGAACGCAGACGUGAGGCCAAUCGAAGUCCAUUGCGAACUAAAGUGAGCGCACCAAAAGUACCACUGUGGUCGUCGGGAUCGAAAUUUUCCAAGUUUGAUGAUAGCGAAGACGAGUAUGAAGGUGACGAUGAGGAAGUUGGAGGCGAACUGGAUGAGGGCGAAUAUGAAACCGAAAAUCAUUACGAUGGAGAAGAAGACAGUAUUGAUGAAGUAGUAGCAACAGUUGAGGACAUCGAGGCAAACAUACCCAUCAACAGUACAAUGGCUACAUCGAGACUGCACUUGAUAAAUGUUGAUUCAAGAACGGCUGGACGGUACCAGUGUAUCGCUUCCAACAAUUUUGGAACCGCUUAUUCACAGAAGUUCAAAGUUACAGUAGCGUCAUACCCGGUUUUCACGAAGCAACCAACAAAUAUAACAGUCCGAACAUCGGAACGAAUUCAAUUGGACUGCGCUGUUGAUGGCGAUCCAAAGCCACAGAUUUACUGGCAAUUCAACUUUGGCAACGAUUUUCCAGCGGCGCGUGAACGGCGAAUGCAAAUUAUGGACAACGAUGAAUCGUUUAUUAUUGACAACGCCAAGACAUCCGAUAGAGGAAUUUACACCUGCACGGCAGAAAAUUCAGCUGGGAUCAUACACACAAAUGUCACUGUGGAAAUAACCGAACCAUUGACCUACAUCAAGCCAAUGGAAUACAAGGACGUGCUAGUCGGAGAAUACACAAUUUUGGAAUGUUUGAACAGUGGUCCAACUCUGUCAGAUAUCCGUUGGUUCAAGAAUAGUAAGGAAAUUUUGGCAUCAGAAAGCCGAUAUUUGUUGGCCAAAGAGAACCAAUUGCUCAUAAUCGUUAAGACUGCGGAGGAGGAUGCUGGUCUCUACACGUGUGAAUUAAAAAACACGUUAGGCAUCGAAAGGUCAUUAAUCCAAUUGAAGGUGAGAACCGAACCGGUUGCCACGAAUGAGGUGGUGCCUACAGAUGCUUACAGUCGCGACAAAAUCACAGCCAUCAUUAUAAUCACGGUGGUUGUUUGUGCGAUUGGUACAUCGAUUGUAUGGAUUAUAAUCCUGUACCAAACGAAAAAGGAAAAUGGUUGCGGUCCCGACGAUGCCGAUCGAAAUGAUGGUACUGAUAUCGAAAACCACAUAACCAAAGAGGGAAUUUUAAAGUCAGUAAAUGUGUCGAUGCUUCCAAAAGGUGACGAAAAACCAGUACAAGCAAUGCGAACGGCUACCAUUUCGCGAUGUCACGGUGUGCUUAGAAGCAACAGCGACAGUAGCUGUGGCCAUAGCAGCUUGGGUGUGAGUGAUGACAUCUUCAGACGAUACAAAGAUGAUUGCUCGAUGAGCAAUGCUCCAUUGCAACCGCAUCGAAACGGAACUGACACAGAAGAAGAUGACGCAAACAAUGAUCACGAUGCGUUACUUGGAACAACCUACUUCAAUCGGUAUCCAAAGACGGUGAAGUGCUCGGAUAACGACAGUUUCGUUGUGCAAAUAGAUGAUGGUUGCGAUGGAAACAGCAGCCAGCACGAUACGAGCGCUGGUAAUACAACAACGGCUGAAUGUGGUGAUUUCGAUGAUGGUCAACACUCGUCAACCAAAACAAAGACAUCCGCAUCACUGUCGAGCAGCUGUCACUCAAUACCAGCGCUUCCACUGAAUUCAUCGCAUGAAUUCGAUUUGAAUCGUUCACAUUGCAACGAUUCACUUGCGUCGUCCAACAGUCCAUUCACGAGCAAUCAGAAUGUGAGUUCGGUGCCAAACAAACCAGUCGUCCAUCCGAUCGGUAAACCAAAACCGACCAUCCAAACCAAUAAACUGAACGAAUUAAUGUCAACAUUCAAGUAAAUGUUCCGUGUCUAGUCGCCUCUCCCACACACUUCCUUUACCUUCGACGAGAAAAAAGGGGAGAAAUUCUCAUAAGAAUUUAUAUUGUGAAUGGAUUAAAAAUUAAUUGUGUAGAAUUGCGUGUUCAAUUUGUGUGUGUAUGCGUGUGCUUCGUAUUUAUUACUAGCGUUAAAAUGUUGGAUGUUAACACACACACACACACACACAUUACGGUCUCUAGAGAGACACAACACUUUAACCAACUUUUCAAAUAGUAUUAGAGACAAAAAAUCAAAGCAACUAAACAGUAAUCGAUAAAUUAUUAUUCUCUCUGGUAGCGCGAGCGCGAGCGCGUUCCCAACAGUAUACACUACAUAUACAAAACACCCUCUAUAUGUUACAUUUAGAUGAAUGUAAGCGAAACCGACUGACUAAUUGCAAGUAUUUGUUUCAAACAGUGAAAAAUCAAACGCAACGGUUUUUUUUUCUUCUUCCAAACAAACAAAAAAUACAAUUCAAUAAUAUCGAUAUUUUUCUCGGUGUACAACAGAAAAAGGAAAGAAAAAAAAACACAUUUUUCGGAUUGAAAAUACAUUUUGCCAUAAUAGAAGAAAAAAAUUAGAAUUAAGUCGAUUUGUGUGAUGGAAAAAAAGCACCAGAAAAAAAAGUGCAUUAAUUUUAUUCAAUUCGUCAAAAAGGAACAAAAAGUUGUCCACACAAACAAUGAAACUAGACAAAUGUUUGGAUUAGCGAAACUUAGUACCGAUUUGUUUUUUGUAGUAUUACUCUCCGGUGAACACCGCAACACUCGAUUCGUUUAAUUGUAUUUUUGCCGACUUCUUCAGUUUUUUUUUCAUCAAUUCGUUAAUUGGGUAAGAAUUUAUUUAAUAAAAAAAAAAACGGAGAAUCAACUAUGAGAGGAAAAAAACAAACGGAACAUCUGUGAUAAUUAUAAUGUAUUUUACUAUUUUAAUUUUUAAAUAUUAUUAUUGUUUUAUUUCCUUUUUCUUGCAACUGAACAAAAAAGAAACUGCUAAAAAUAAAGAGAAAAGAAAAGAAAAAAUAGCCAUUUGUGAGGUCACAAAAUAGAGCGAUUCAAACAAAUAACCAAAAAUUAACAAAUAACUUGAACAAACACAAUUGUACAAAAGAAACACAUUGUAGCAAUUAGAAUACAACCAAUCGGAUAUAGACAAUAUGAACAAAAUGCAGCUAAAUUCAUACAGUCACGUCUCUUUUUUUUCUAAAAAUAAUGUCAUUUAUUUAAAGCCCAUUUUCAUUCGUUCAAGAUAAAUUCCGUUGUUUUCGUUUUUUUAUUCGAUUGGUUUUUUAUAUACAAAUGUUUUUUGUUGUUCGGUCUUAACUAAAUUCGCGAAACGAAAAAUGAUUCACGCUGUUGAAUUUGAUGGACAAUAGACAACAAUAAUUUAAAUUAAAGAAGAAAAAAACUCGAAUAAAAAAUCAAAUAAAAAACCAUUUUUCAAUGUCAUUUUUCGAUGUCUGUACGUUUUUAAGUCGAGAGGAAAAAAAAAAAAACAAACAAAAUUACUAUAUGUGUAAAGACAAGUCAUACCGAAAUAUUUUGUUCGUAUUCGAAAGUAUUUCUUUGGAGAUUAAUAAAAAUGGAAAAUCAAAUUAAAAAAAAAA